UAAGCAUUGAUCGGCUCGGUACUUCCGGGAGUGAACAAAUUUGGACCAAAUUCUUCUUGGCGUGCUCGGUGUUUCUAAGUUUGUAAAUGUAAUCAGAAUGCUAUCAUCAUAAACUAUUAAACAGGUUGUGAAUUCUGAGGAAGCUUUUUCAACUGCAACCAAGUUGGAGUGCUUUUACUUAAACGAGGACUGGGCCACUGCUUUUGUAAACAAAAAAGCUUCAGCUACAAGGCCUUCCAGCCAGCCAGACUGGCAGUAGAGAUGGCCAUGUUUGCCAUUCUUGUACUGAUGGGAUUGAUGUUCCCACCAGAGGUGCAUGGUGUUGAUCUGGAGAUAACAUCCUUUGUUUCCAACCCUGAAAGUCCAGUAAAAGACAAAGAAGGGACUGCAGAAAAUGUGACACUGCAAUGUCAAGUCAAUCUACCAUCAACUAAUCUUACGUCAGUCACCAUUUCUUAUCCUAAUGGUGUAAUGACAAAUGCUACAACCACAACAACGCCACCAUCUCCGGCCUUGUAUGAAAUCACUUUAAGUGAUGUGCAUCCCUCAAACACAGGAAACUACACCUGUACAGCUUCGGCCUCAACUGGGUCAGUACCAACAACCAGUCAAACGUAUCAGCUGAAUGUUGAUAUCGAUGAGUGUGAUUCAUCAACUUGUGGUUCUAAUUGUGACACCUGUCAUACCGAUGCUAACUGCACCAAUACAAUUGGCAGUUACACCUGUGCAUGUAAUGCUGGUUACAAUGGAGAUGGAGUCACUUGUCAAGAUAUCGAUGAAUGUGAUUCAUCAACUUGUGGUUCUAAUUGUGACACCUGUCAUACCGAUGCCACCUGCACCAAUACAAUUGGCAGUUACACCUGUGCAUGUAAUGCUGGCUACAGUGGAAAUGGAAUCACUUGUCAAGAUAUCAAUGAAUGUGAUCCAUCCUGUAGUACUAAUUGUGACACCUGUGAUACCGAUGCCACCUGCACCAAUACAAUUGGCAGUUACACCUGUGCAUGUAAUGCUGGCUACUCUGGAAAUGGAGUCACUUGUCAAGAUAUCGAUGAGUGUGAUUCAUCAACUUGUGGUUCUAAUUGUGACACCUGUCAUACCGAUGCUACCUGCACCAAUACAAUGGGCAGUUACACCUGUGCAUGUAAUGCUGGCUACAGUGGAAAUGGAGUCACUUGUCAAGGUAAUCACAAUCCUAUAACUGUAAGUUUAAAUAGUUAAUGUUUAGUGGUUCGACAUAGUUGUAUUGGAGGGAGAAUGGGCGCGACUAAUGCCCGAGCAGUAGGCGAGGGCAUUAUCAGCUUUCAUUCUCCUGUUCAUGACCGACCAAGCACAUAAAUGCCUUUAUCAUUCAUAAAUACAAUUUUCAACAGAGUCAAAGAA